AUGCAACCGCGUAAGACGCACACCUCGCUUCAUCUCAGCCACGAGGCCGUUACGAUACAAUGGAAUGCGACACAGGACGGUGGCUCUGUUCUGCUUGUCAGUGGAAAAGUAGAGCUGUUUCGUAGUUCACUGACGCGCAACUUGCGCUACGCCUUUCCAGCGGAGGCGUGCAUUGUCCUGGAGGCCUUUGGUGACGCCGUUGUGCAGAUCGAAGGAGACGCAGUUAUCGUGCAGACCCCGAUAAGCAGUGUCCUCGAUGAGAUCCACGCGCUGCUAGACACUGCGCGCGUGGAUGCAAUGCUGGCCAUUGACGAGCGCGGCAAGAAAGCACUGUCCAGCACCGAGGAGCUCAAAGACUCUUGGCAGGGCCCUCGUGUGCUUGUUGUCGGAGAGAACCAGUGGGAGAGGGAGAUGGUCUCGCGAGCACUGCUCAACCUCGCGGUUCGCGGCGGUAGCCCGUACGGCAUUUGCUACGUGGACGUCGAUGUGGCGAUGCCUAUGGUGGGCUGUCCAGGUACAGUGUCGGCUGCGUUUGUGGAAGAGCCGGUGACAGCUCCGGAGGACUUUGGUGUGAUGAUGCCGCUGUCGUUUUUUCACGGCACGGCCUCUGUCACGAGUGCGACGCUGAAGCGCUACUUGGAUCUGUGCGUCUGUGCGGCGCAAGCAGCUACCUCGCUCGGGUUCGCCAACUCCAAGUUUGAAGCGGGCGGCUUCUUGAUCCACUCGUUGUCCCCUUCCACCGAGAUUCAGUACGACGUGCUGAGCGACAUCCUCUCCAUUUUCGCGGUCACGCACGUCGUCAUCACCGGCGCAGAUUGGGAGCUGGAAAAGUUUCUUUACAACGCUGUCUUGGGCCGCACAGUGCACUUUGUGCGGCUGCCGAAGCUGGCGGGUGUGCAGUCGCCCAGCCCCGCCGGGGCGGAGCAGCGCCGACGCGCGCAGCUCGAGCGCUACUUUUUUGGCACCCCACGUACUCCUCUGAUGCCGAUGCGCGGUGUGGCACGAAUGUCGGAGUUGGUGCUUCUCCACGCGGAGACAUUCGAGCCACUGAGCUGGAGAGAGGUGCCGGACCUGGGUGUUGCCGCGGUCGUCUGGGCCGACACGGCUGCAUCUGCCGCGGAGGCGAACGUCGCGGGGUUUGUUGCCUUCCUGGAGGUCGGAAAGCAAUUUGUCAGCUUCCUCGCUCCAUCCGGUGGCGAGUUGCCCAAGCCCUUUUUGGUGGUCUCGCCGUCCCUGCACCUGCCACGGGAACUGGUGAUGCCCCUGCCAGUAACGUAG